CUUCUCUGUCCACUUACCUUCAGAUAGGUCGGAGACAUUCUUUGGUCUCAAUAGUAUUGACCUUUCUCUGCCAUCAAUCUAUACGCCGAGUUAGAAUCAACGAGAUCGUUUCAAAUGGCGGCAACUUCUCUCUCAUCGUCUACAAUUCCAUCUCUGAAUCGGAAAGAAUCAUUUACUGUUUCUGCUCUCUCUCCACGCUCUACCUCCGCCGUCACAUUCCAGUUUCCACUUCGUCGGAUUCGAAUCGGAGACUCAAAGCUCUCCUCGCUCUCUUCAUCAACUCGAUCAACUCCUCGCGCUAUUGAAGCAAAGAAGCAGACAUACAACUCCUUUGAUGAUCUGCUUGUGAACUCUGAUAAGCCUGUUCUUGUCGACUUCUAUGCUACCUGGUGUGGCCCUUGUCAGUAUAUGGUUCCAAUUCUCAGUGAAGUGAGUGCAACAUUGCAAGAAAAGAUCCAGGUGGUGAAGAUUGAUACCGAGAAGUAUCCCAGUAUUGCUAAUAAAUACCAGAUCGAGGCACUUCCUACGUUUAUCCUGUUCAAAGAUGGGGAGCCUUGUGACCGAUUUGAGGGUGCUUUGACGGCCAAACAACUUGUCCAACGGAUUGAAGAUUCUCUUGAAGUGAAGUCUUAGUUAUAUAGAUCAUGAUCUUUUUAUUUUAUUGUUGGUAUGUUUUUUUUUCUUCUACUGUUCCUGAGCUGAUCAGAGCUUAGGGUCUAGGCAGUGAUUGUUGCUUUAUUGGUCAUUGAUUUAACAAGAAUAUGUGGAUUUGAGAAGAAAAAGGAGAUUAUGUUUGCCAGAUUUGCAAAACCUUUGUUGUGA